AUGCUGCAGGUGUGGUUACCAGACCCAGUUGCACAGCCUCAGACUCCCGAGGCAUUUGCGCAUCCUGAGACACCCGAGGCCGUCCCAGACACACCUGCCAUUGACACUGACAGCGAUGCGGGUGUCUCAGCGCAAGUCCACAGGCGGCGAGGGCAGUUUUUUGUGAGGCUGGUGCUGAAACAAUCUGGAAUGAAAUCCUAUAACAAGGGCGCAUUGACCACAGCUAUCGACUUCUAUGUGGACAGCGGGACAGGAGAAUGGCUGAUUCCCAGGUCGCGGUAUGAGGAGGCGCAGAGUCGGGCAUGGAGGAGGGGCAACCGCUUCAGGAUGUUUUGGGAUGCCCCAGAGACGCCAGGCGUGGGCAUGUGGUGGCAUGGCGUCGUGCGCGGCCGGGUGCAGCGCGACCGCUUCGACCCCCUGCGCGACUCCCCAUGGGAGGCCCUGCGAGUGCGCUGGGACAGCGGCGGCUCGGAGACGAUGGUGAGCAUGUGGGAGAUCCAGCCAGAAGAAACUGCAUUCUACAUCUCAGAAUUGCGGGCGACGACAUCGAGCAGGGAAGACCAUGUGGUCUCAGAUGACGAGGCUGAAUGGCAGCCUGACUGGAGGAGCGGCAGCGACAGUGAAGGUGACUCGGACGAGCAGCGGCGCAGGCGGCGGCGGCGGCAGCGGCAAGUAGUUCUGCCUGGCGAGAUCGAGACGGAGCAGCACCUGCGCGACCCGGCACGGAGGCAGCGGCGCGGCGGCUCCUCACAGCCGCGAACACAGGGGCAGAGUCAGGCGCAAUUACCAGCCAGCCGCAGCAGCGCAAGCCUGGAGGAGCAAGGCGGAGAGAGCGCCAGGAUACUACCUCCACCACUUCUCCCUCUGCCUCAGCCCCCCAGGGACCUCUCGGCCCGCCCACCACUCACCAUGCAGCGGCCUUCCUCCAGGCACCUGAAGAUGGACUGGAAUUCGCUGUUCUGCGGCCGCUGUGCGGAUGGCGGGGAGCUGCUGGAGUGUGAUGGCACCUGCCUGCGCUCCUUCCACCUCAAUUGCCUUACACCCAGUGAACGCCCCAGCCCGGAUGACCCGCCUGAGGCCCCCUGGUACUGCCCGGACUGCCGUCUAGGCAUCGGGGCCUGCGCAAUCUGCAAGCAGACUGGCGUUGUGGGGCAGCACAUCCUGAAGUGCAAGAUGGGCAGCUGUGGCUACUAUUUCCACAAUCAAUGCCUGAAUGGCUUGCGCGACUCAGGCCUCCUCAAGAUACACAGGGAGGACCCUGCUGUGGCGAAUGGAGGGAAUGGGGAGCGAGUCUUCACAUGCCCGGCUCACUUCUGCCAUGUCUGCCGCAUGUCUGGAGAUGCACAGCGCAUGGUCCGCUGCUGGCGUUGCCCGACUGCCUACCACUCACGAGGGCUGUCUGCCCCCAGUCUUGGCACUGCCUCUGUGCAAAUGAUCGCGCCUGUGCCCACACCUCGCAACCAACACGAGGCAGCACCCUCCAACAGGGCCGUCUUUGACUGCGGCGCCAGCGAGCAGCCGGUCGAGAGGAAGCGUCCAAGGAAGCCCAAGAAGGACGGAGGCAACGCCAGCCGCAACGUGGCCACCAAGCGCCCUGACACUGCGGGGCCCAGCAACGCCAUCAGACAGCCGCAGCCGCAGCAGCCGCCAGUCGCGGCGCGGCCGUCCACCGCGGUCGAGCCGAGCUCGGACGCAAUGCAGCGGCCGACGCGGCUGGCCGUCCUGGAGGCGAAGAUCAUGGAGGAUGCUGCAGUGGAGGAAGCCCUCGGCUGCACCGGCCGCAUCGUGCCCCUUGAGGGGAAUCAAGGAUCGAAGGACCUGGUGGGCAAGACAGUGUUCACCUUUGGCGCUCAGAAAAAGGGCGGCGACUUCUAUGUGCCCUCCGACCGCAUCAAGAUCCACUCGCAGCUUGUCGUGCACGACGGCGGCCGCGUCACCAUUGGCUUCUGCAAUGCCCAGGCAAGAGAGAGGUAUCCGAUCACAAUCAUCCAUGCGGAAGGAGAGCCGACCACGCUCACCAACAUGCAGUCAGUGCCACUGCGUCACCAGGACGUGAUCACCAUUGCAGACGCCUGCUUCAUCUUUGAGCGCGUGGGCAUUGAGGAGGCCUUUGCAGCCCGGUGA